AUGUUGAUAUCCGAAGAGUUGGCGUACGACAAGGAAUCAUUGAAGGCAGAACAUGAAACAUUGGUAACUCAAUUGACGGACGAACAGAAGGUUGUUUACGACUCUAUGAUUAAUGAUAUUGAUUCUAAUGGAGGGGGAUUGUUUUUUGUGUAUGGUUACGGAGGAACAAGCAAGACGUUCGUGUGGAGAACAUUAUCUUCAAAGAUAAAGAGCCGUGGAGAUAUUGUUCUAAACAUUGCUUCAAGUAGAAUAGAAUCUUUGCUAUUGCCGGGUGGCAGGACGACACAUUCUCGAUUUGCUAUACCACUCUUAGUGAAUGAUGAUUCCACCUGCAAUAUAUCGCAAGGUAGUGACCUUUGCGAACUUAUAAUCAGGAGCAAAUUGAUAAUAUCGGAUGAAGCACCGAUGACACACAAAUACUGUUUUGAGGCUUUAGACAAAACCAUGAGGGAUAUAUUGAGAUUCACCAUACCUGGUAGUGAUCAGAAAAUAUUUGGUGGAAAUACAGUAGUAUUGGGCGAUGAUUUUAGACAGAUUCCUACAGUUAUUCCAAAAGCAAUGAGACCAAUGGUUGUGGGAGCCACUAUUAAUUCUUCAUACCUCUAUAGGAAUUGCAAGGUAUUGAGGCUCACGAAGAACCCUGAGACUACAGAGCUUAGCUUCAAACGAAGAUAG